CGACAAUUUUCUGAACCGAAAGUAGGUCGAUAGCGAUGGAAUAAAGAUAAAUUUAAUACCAUACCAUCGAAUUGACAGAUGUUUUGACAGUUUUCUGUACACCACAUAUCGCUUCGUCACUCUUGUCUGCGGGUUUGAUAAGGAGACGAAUGAAGCCAUAAAGUUUGAGUAAGGAUGUGAUGGGGAGCCAGCAAAGUGGGCUAGGCGGCAAUCUGCUGCCAUCCACAUGUGUGCAGGGACGCCGCCGCAGCCUUCAACACCAGGUUGGUCGCUAUCGUUUGUUAAGCUUUGGUGAAUCUGAGACUGCCAGUGUUGGAAGUACAGGGAACACCGAUGAGGACGCAGCCUCCUUGCAAUCUGAGGAGGCUGAUAGUGCUUACAAUGAGUGGCUUAGUGACACAGCAGAACUUGAAAAUGUCAUCCUUUCAGAUGACAUAGAACAGCUUCAGAAAAUCUGUGAUGAAAAGAAGAUUGAUAUUAACAUUCAGUUGAAUGAUAAAGGAGAAACAGCAUUAAUACUUGCAGUGAAAUUAAGCAAAAUAGAAAUGGUGAAAACUCUCCUGCUUACGCCAAAUAUUGACAGAAAUUGCCUUAAUGUUCAGUACUUCUCACCUUUAGAUGUAGCAUUAGUGACAGCAUUUGACAACCGGCUUGAACCACGACAGACUGUGUGCUGGGAAAUCAUUGAGUGCCUUCUGCAAGUAGACGCGGAGCCCAGCAGCAAGGAUGCCAUGAUGUACAUUAUCAGAACAGCAUUAAAAUACUGUGAUGAAGAAUUUAUCUACAGACUCAUUUUAUUAGCCAAAGAAUUCUCCAACUCAACCAUGUUACAUGAGAUCAUGCUACAAAAGCUGCACAGACAUCAGCCUGUCUACAUUGAAAGUCUGGAUCCCUUUUUUAUCUGUAUUUCAGAAUUUACAAUCAAACUCCUCAAAAAUGCAAAUGGCAGCCGUCUGUGUGACAUUGUGAACUCUAUGAUCUAUUACCUGGACUCGUACUGGCACUGUAGAACGAACAAGAUGACCACGUUCCAGAAGUUGAUUCUAUAUGCUUCAGCAGCAGGCUGGGACUGGACCCCGCAGCAGAUGGACUACAUCAACAGGGUGUGUCCUUAUCUCCUAUCCCGCUGGUGCAAGAUCCAAAAAUUGUACCCUAUUUCCUUGAGUCACCUUGCCCGGAAGUCGUUUAGGCUCAACACCCAGAGCCCCGUGCCGGAGAGCCUCCUGAGUCUGCCAUACCGUGUGCCAGACGCCCUCAAGGACUACAUCAUGCUCAAGGAUGUGGACGAAUUUCUGGAUGGUGAUGAAAUCAACAUCAAGGACAUCCGACUGUAAAGUUUGCUCUUUUGCAGUUGUUUGAAACUGUAAAAUGUUUGGUGUCUUAUUCGGUGAAGUAACUUAGAAAGAACACUUUUUCAUUAAAAGGUUAAAGAUUAAAAGGAAAAAAGGAAUAAUUUGUGCAGUCCGUGCAGUCCGCUUUGAAAUGUAUAACUGAAGAGAGCUGCACAUUACAAAUAAACAAGCACACUAUGUUAAACUACAACAUUAAAAUUGGCAAUGCAGUUUCUUGUUAAAUUGUUGAUAACCUACAAGUUCAUUUUACAUAGGGCAUAUUCUUUCAGGAAAUCAUUGUUUUGUAACAUUUUAAGUGUCAUACAUAUAAUAAUAUAUCUAAGCAAUCCUUGUUUGUUGACCUGUGAUGACAGCAAAUAAUUCCUAAUGGGAAAUCACAAUACUAUGCGUUAAUGAUUUAGCAAUAAUUUCACGGAAGUAUUAAAAAAUCAAUUGUUAGCUGUAAGAAUUUUACUGUCGAUAUAAUGUACUUUAUAGUUUAUAAACUCUACGCAAAGCAAAUCAGUGUAAUUCUUUGAUCAGUAUCUAUUAUAUUUUAAGUGUGUUGUUUGUUUGUAGAGUACUGUAAACAUUAGCUCUUAUUUUUUUACGAGAAAAACUAUCUACAGUAUUAGAGUAAUUUUGCAAUCAAUUGUCUGUCAUAUUUCUGCAUAUUGUGUCUGUUUGAUAUAGAUCAAAAUUAUUGGUAUGGUAUAUUCUGCCAGUGUUAUUCCAGUUAGUUGUUCAUAUUUCACCAAGGGUAGUGACACCAGUUUUGGAGAACAGUAGUUCCAAAAAUGCCUUUACAGACUCUAAGACAUUCUCAUUUUAGUGUUUGAAUCCUUAGCAGAAGUUUGGUGAUCACUGUCAACAAUAUUGAGGCAUGUUACGAAAAGUGUAGAGCUUAGGUCAUGACUGUUGGCAAUAACUCUGAAGCACUCAUCAUAUGCAUUGAAAAUGGAGCAUAAUAUUCAUGUUGUACAUGUCAAAAUAUAUAAUUCAAACAUAUUUUCAUUUUUUUUCAUUUAGGUGCUACACAUAUACAUUGUCAUUUGUGUAUUACAUGUAUGUUUGUGAAGAAACUAAAUUCAUUUUCCAAUAGAUUUAUUGUAGAAUACCACUUUUUCCUGAAAUAUGAAUAAAAGACCUUAUUUGAAACUUGAUUAUUCUGGAUUUUCCCGUAAUUUCAACGUGCCAUGCAGUAAAAACAAUAAGAAAUCAUUAUAGAUUUAAUUUAAGUUUAAACUUGCUGGAAAAUGUUAAAUGUGAUUUCAUUUUAUAGAUAAUAUGCAUGUAGAAGAUAUAAAAGGCAACUCUAGGAUAUACAGGUUUCUACAGGUAGGGCAAACUAGAAUCCAGGAAAAAAUGAUAAGAUUGAGUUCCAAAUAACAACUGUUAAAAGCCAUCACACAUACUUCUAGUGCUCUGGCAAUUCUAAACCCACUUUUAUUGUUGAACAACAUCUAGGCCUAUAAUUCAAUGCCAUAUAUGUUUACUUUUUAGGGUUCCACUCAGGAAUGUACUUAAUACACACCCAUCACAUUUCUUUUCAUCACCUGUCAAUUAUAUAAGCUGUACCUAUGUAAAAAGUUAUCCUUAAAUUCAGCUUGUUAAGGGCUUUAAUUUCAUUUAGCCAUAGUACGUGAAGUGUUAGAAAUUUCCUCAUAUUUUUUAUAUAAAUUUACCCUAUUCAUAGCAUGAUUAACAAGCAAGCUGUGUAUAGUAUAUAUAGCUACAUAAAUAGCUUUGUUUAAAGUUAUAAUGUAUUUAUGAGAAUUUUAUAAUUUUGUUAAAUCUUUAAGACUUGUAUAUGUGACAGUUUUUAUGUUCUUAAAUCAAUAAAACUAAAAAUUGCUUAACUACUGUUUGCAAAUAAACAUUGCAAAGCAUACUCACCAAUUAGUUAAUAAAAGCACAAUGAAAAGGCCUUUUUGAAAAGGAGACAUAGUCAAUUUGUACCAAAAACUGAUUUCAGAUUUUCAGCACUUAAGAGCAUUAUUUAAGGCUUAAAUUUAUUUGGCUGGCUGAUGUUCAUUGUAGGAUACACUACUUCAUAUCAUUAUGAAGUGUAACGGAAAAUGUACUGGUUGCCGACGAUGUGAAACCAAUGUACAAUGGGCCAUUUCCAGGUGUAUAGCCUUCCCCAAAUUAGUUUUUUAACAGGCUUAAAAUGCUCCAUUUGAUUAAGAAUUCACUUGGUGUAUUUGGGUGGAGUAAAAGCCAGGAUCAUUCAACGCUCCAAAAACUUUGAAUGCUAAGUUUAUUUGCAAACAGUAUAAUUGUACUUACUAAUAUCAAGGACAAUGUAUGUUGGAAUUUUCAGCAAAAGUUCAUUAUUUUAUGUCAAAACUCCACUUAGUAUCUUGUGAAAGUGCUCAGUACUUAGUAUCUUUUGAAAGUGCUCAGUACUUUCAGUUGGUAUAUUUGUUUUGGUUCGUCUGUUUUAAGAUGAACAUCCAGGUAUUGUCACUAAGGUUUGGUAUUAUCAUUCAUAGUUGUCAUCCAACUUGUCACCAUAUAGCAAACACUUGUUUGGCAUAACAUGGGAACCAUUGAUGGAAAUUAUAUGAAAUUGGUAACUGUAACAGUGACUAUCCAGUCCCAUAAUUCUGACUAAAAUAUUGCACAUGUUAUACCCCUUAAUUUUACCUCGAAAAGCAGACAGAAUUAAUGUGAUUGUUGUGCUUUUGUUAACAUGCGGAUGUGUGUUUAUGUUAAGUUUAUCUGUUAUAUAGCUUUUUCAACCUCAGAUUAUUUUGUAUACUCCUUGAUGCUUUUUUGUUUUGAAUGCAAGCACUAUUUUGGCAUUAAACUGUUACAAUGACA